CUCCGCUUUUUACAGCCGCUCUCAGCGCGUCUUUGUCACUUUGUCCGGUGAACACAGAGACAUGGCUCCAUCCUUCAUCAGCGUCUCCCUCCUCUUCAUCGGCCUCCACGCAGCAGAUGGAUUCCUGGAGUUUAUGACGGAUGAAUGUGUCUUUAACUCCACGGAGCUGAAGGACAUCGAGUACAUCACGUCUUAUUAUUACAACAAGUUAGAACUCACGAGAACCUUACUCCUAGUACUAAUACUCGUACCUGUGAGCUCACAGAACAAACCCUCACCAUGUCAUAUAUUGUCUCCAGCUGAGCCCUACGUCAGGCUGCACUCUGAGACGCCCCCUGGUGGUGGACCUUUGUCCAUGUUGGUCUGCAGCGUCUAUGACUUCUACCCCAAGAAGAUCAUAGUGAGGUGGACCAGAGACGGACGGCCAGAGACCACCGGGGUCACUUCUACCGACGAGCUGGCAGACGGGGAUUGGUACUACCAGACCCACUCCCACCUGGAGUACACGCCCAGGUCUGGAGAGAAGAUCUCGUGUGUGGUGGAGCACAUCAGUCUGAGUAAACCUCUGGUUACCGACUGGAACCCGUCCAUGCCCGAGUCUGAGAGGAACAAAGUCGCCAUCGGAGCCUCAGGACUGAUCCUGGGUCUGACUUUGUCUCUGGCUGGAUUCAUCUACUACAAGAGGAAAGCCAGAGGACGGAUCCUGGUUCCCAGUCACUGAA